AUGAGUGAUCAAUUUGAAAUCCCUACCCACUGUAAAGCGGGAGUGGUGAUCAAUGAAGGUCCUAACUUCCAUCUUGAAGUACAGAUGGUGCCCGUUCCCGAGCCAGGCCCUGACGAUAUCCUGAUUCGGCUGAAUUACACAGGGAUAUGCUCUUCUGACAUUCAUAUGAUGCAGGGGGACUUGGGCCUUCCGCCUAUGUCUACGUUUGGUGUGCGAUCUCCUGGCCAUGAGGGGGCGGGAGUUGUGGUGAAAGUGGGUUCCAAUGUCAAGAACUUCCAACUAGGUGACAGAGCCGGCAUCAAACCUAUUAUGAACACAUGCGGGUCUUGUGUUCAUUGCUGGGAUGACAAGGAGACCUACUGCAAGGGAGCGAUCCAUGCUGGUCUGAUGGUGGCCGGUACCUAUCAACAAUAUCUGGUCUCACCGGCGCGAUACGCGUCGCCAAUUCCUAAUGGUGUUCCCGAUGAGGUCGCUGCUCCAAUCAUGUGCAGUGCGAGCACUAUCUAUCGAUCUUUAGUUGAGUCCAGCAUUCGAUCAGGGGCGUGGGUUGUUUUCCCUGGAGGAGGUGGCGGCGUUGGCAUCCAGGGGGUGCAAUUGGCCAAGGCGAUGGGGAUGCGUCCAAUUGUGGUGGAUACGGGGGAGGCUAAGCGCAAAUUAGCAUUGGAAAUGGGAGCCGAGGCCUUCAUUGAUUUCAAGGAGGUGACGGAUGCGAGCAAAGCUGUGAUUGACAUCGCCGACGGGGUUGGCGCACACGGUGUGUUUGUAACAGCCCCCGCGGCAUACAAAACAGCCAUCUCGUUUGUCGGGGAUCGCAUUGGAAGCGUCAUCAUGUGCAUCGGUCUUCCUGCUGCGGGAUCGACGGUGCUGGGUACCGAUCCGUGCGAGUACAUCUUUAAGAAUCUGACCAUUAAGGGCACCCUCGUUGGUAGUCGGAAGGACACCGCUAUGGCAUUGGAUUUUGCUCGAAGGGGAAUGCUCCAGCAGAUUUGUGAGGUCUACCCCGUGAACCGAAUGCCUGAGGCGGUGGAUAAAUUGCGCAGGGGGGAGGUAGCUGGGCGGCUGGUCAUCAACUUCAACUGGGAGGAUCUAUAG